AUGGAUUGUACAUCAAAAAGAGCAUCCAGGCCCUGCCCCUGCAGGAGCUGGGGUGCCUCCUCGGCCAAGCCCGGGUGGUCCCUGCGCGGCUUGGCCGGACCACCACCCUCCGGGGCAGGGACGGCCAGGGCUAAGUGGUGCAGAGCCCGGGGUGCCACCGAGGGUGGGAGGCCACGCAGAGGCUGUGAAGGAUCAAAAUGGUUUCAGUCCCAUCAUGUUCGUCUGACAGGAGCUACUGGUGGUUUUCUAGGAAAGGUGCUUCUGGAAAAGUUGCUGAGGUCUUGUUCUAAGGUGAAUUCAGUGGAUGUUUUGGUGAGGCAGAAAGCUGGUCAGACACCCCAGGAGCGAGUGGAAGAAGACCUUAGUGGUGCGCUUUUUUUUUUUAAUUGAGAUGAAAAUCCAGAUUUUAGAGAGAAAAUUGUAACAAUCAACAGUGAACUCACCCAGCAUAAAUUGGCUCUUAGUGAAGAAGAUAAAGAAGUCAUCAUAGAUUCUACCAAUGUUAUAUUCCACUGUGCAGCUAUAGUACGGUUUAAUGAAAAUUUAAGAGAUGCUUUUCAGUUAAAUGUGAUUGCUAUAUGACAGCUUAUUCUCCUUGCACAACAAAUGAAGAAUCUGGAAGUGUUCAUGCAUGUCUCAACAGCAUAUGCCGACUGCAAUCGAAAGCAUAUUGAUGAAGUAGUCUGUCCACCCUCUGUAGAUCCCAAGACUGAUUCUUUAGAAAGGAUAGAUGAUGACCUAGUAAAUAUCACACCAAAAUUAAUAGGAGACAGACCUAAUACAUACAUAUACAUAAAAGCUUUGGCAGAAUAUGUUGCACAGCAAGAAGGAGCAAAGCUAAAUGUGGAGAUUGUAAGGCCGUCAAUUGUUGGUGCCAGCUGGAAAGAAUCUUUUCGUGGAUGGAUUGAUAACUUUAAUGGACCAAGUGGUCUCUUUAUUGUGGCAGGGAGAGGAAUUCUUGGAACAAGGUGCACCUCCAACAACGCCCUUGCAGAUCUUGUUCCUGUAGAUGUAGUUGUCAACACAAGACCUACGGCAGCCUGGUAUUCUGGAGUUAAUAGACCAAGAAACAUCAUGGUGUAUAAUUUUACAAUGGGCAGUACUAAUCCUUUCCACUGGGGCAAAGUUGAAUACCAUGUAAUUUCCACUUUCAAGAGGAAUCCUCUUGAACAGGCUUUCAGACCACCCAAUGUAAAUUUAAUGUCCAAUCACCUUUUAUAUCAUUACUGGAUUGCUGUAAGCCAUAAGGCCCCAGCAUUCCUGUAUGAUAUCUACCUCAGGAUGACUGGAAGAAGCCUACGGAUGAUAAAAACAAUAAUUCAUCUUCACAAAGCUAUGGUGUUUCUUAAAUAUUUCACAAGUAAUUCUUGGGUUUGGCAUACUGAUAGUGUCAAUAUGUUAAUGUAUCAACUGAACCCUGAAGAUAAAAAGACCUUCAGUAUUGAUGUAGGACAAUUACAUUGGGCAGAGUAUAUAGAAAACUAUUGCAUGGGAACUAAGAAAUAUAUUUUAAAUGUAGAAAUGUCUGGCCUCCCUGCAGCUAGAAAACAUCUGAACAAGUUGCGGAACAUACGUUAUGGUUUCAAUAUUAUCCUUGAGAUCCUGAUCCGGUGCAUGUUUAUUGCAAGGUCACAAAUGGCAAGAAACAUCUGGUGCUUUGUGGUCAGUCUGUGUUACAAGUUUCUGUCACACUUCAGAGCGUCCAGCACUGAGAUACUGAAGACCCAGAAUCUCGCGAGCACCUGUGGCGAGCACUUCCCAGAUGAGAACUUCAAGCUGAAACACUAUGGCCCCAGCUGGGUGAACAUAGCCAGUGCUGGCGAAGACACCAGCAGUACCCACUUCUUCAUCACUACAGUCAAGACAGCCUGGCUGGACACCAAGCACAUGGUGUUUGGCAAAGUUCUAGAGGGCGUGGGUUUGGUGAUUUAUCGACUUGCUUGGCACAACACUAAUGAGGGUGAAGGUGGCCCAGGCUCUGUGCUGCGCUGGUCCAGUGCCCGCACCUGA